UAUUUCUAAUCCCAUACCUUAUCUGCCCCGUGUAAACAUGCCAGAUGUCCAGCGCUCAUGGUGGACAAGUCUGUGUCUAACACUGGUAGUGACUUGCUCCAGUCAAAUCGUGCCGUGUGGAAGAGUCCAAGACGUACCUCCGCCAGUAGGACGGCGUAUUGUCGGAGGCACUACGGCCAAACAAGGGGAAUUCCCAUGGCAGGUUGGUCUGAGAUCAUUUGGGCCUACUUUCUGUAGCGGAGUGUUAAUUGCCAAAGACUGGGUGCUCACAGCCGGAAGGUGUUUUGACGGGCACUAUGAUCCGACCGGCUGGAUAGUUGUGUUGGGGGACUAUGACAGAGAGCACCAGGAGGGCACGGAGAUGCGCGUGAACGUCAGGAACAUCGUUAUACAUGGAGGAUUCACUAUGGACCCCUACAGUAACGACGUUGCUCUGGUACAGUUGGUGGGGCACGACAUCGACUACCCGUCAGUGUGUCUACCAGAUUCGAACACGGACUUGCUAGGAUCAAGCUGUGUGAUCACAGGCUGGGGGGCCACCCAGAGAGGGACUGACCUGGCACAUAAACUACAGAAGUUGGCGAUGAAACUUGUCAACACCUCCCACUGCCGGUUGCCUAGCAACAUCCACAGUGACAGUUACCUGUGUGCUGUCAGUGAUGUCCAAGAUGGAGGUCCUUGCACUGGAGAUGCGGGCGGUGCACUACAGUGUCGGAUGGGAACAAGCUGGGUGGCUGCUGGGAUAGUACUUGAUACAUACGCGUGUGACAACACGACCGGGCUGUACACGAACAUACAGAGUUACCUCCCCUGGAUACGGAAAACCAUCACGCUACUGAAAGCUGCAGGGACAAUACAACAAUAAAUAAUGUCAAAUCAGCAGAUUUAUUGUGCAGAGUCACAAUUUUUUCACACUUUAGCAAUUUCAAGAUGGUCUCAAACAUUAACUUGAUCACUAAUUUUCA